AUUGAGCAGCCAUCGUCCGGCUGGGUGACUGAUUCAUUUGAAACUGAUGAUGAAGGAGAGGCCGUCUACUGUGAACCACCCAGGGAAGAUGUUCUUACUGUGGCCGGUGGAGAGCUUCAGGAGCUGAGCUCUAAGUGUAACUUCUUCCCUGACCCAUCAACCUUCAGCAGUGACGACAUGUCACAGGAUUUUGGUAUCCCUCGUACCUCCAGCAUUGCCAAAUCCAAACGUCCUUCAGUCUCUUUCGCAGAGGGCACAAAGUUCAGUCCUAAAGAGCACCGUAGCUCGACUCAAGACCUGCCAGGAACAAGUCGGAAACCCAAGGCCUGGGGCGUGCUGAUGAUCUCUGCCCUGCAAGGAGGACAGGGAAACCACAGUGAAACAGAAACAGAAAAAGAAGAGAAAAACCAUGAGGAGACCAUCUCCUCUGAGGAGCAAGCAGCUGCAUCUGAAACAACACAAACUGACUCGGAAAGAUACAGUUCUGGCCCACUAAGAACUCACCUCACUGUGCCCAGUGGGAGACGACGUACACUUUCCAAUACCAGGAAGAAUGCCCAACCGUCUGAUAGCGGCCAGGAUACAGACUCAGAGAAGUUAACAACUGUAUAUGUAACUGUGGGUAAGACCCAAAAGAUGGCCAAGCAAGAGCCCCCCUCAGAAGGGCCUGUUCAGGCGAUGCUGCGCAGACUGGGCAGCCUACAGAGACAAAGAGAGGAGGCCACCCAGCCCAAAGGAAGGGGGCAGGCGAUCGCUAAGCCACCGCGGAGGAAACUGGGAGCGCGGGCCAGUGCGUGGGAGCAAGCUACAGGGUCAGACCAGUCAGAGGUGGUCAUGAGGAAACCUAGUCGCAGGAAGCACAACUCCCUCAGCUCUCCCUGCACAGUGGGGGCAACAGACUUUCCUCAGGAGAACUGCACCCCCAAGAGGCCGUUGUCCUCCAUUUUAAAAGGUGUUCCAGAGAGUGAUACACUCCAUAGUUUGGAGGUGGAACAAGACACUGGAGUAGUUUGUGAGACAGACACUCUGACAGAGCACAGUUACGAGACUGAUGGGGUCUCCACAUCUUCAGAGAUUAUUAUUAAUGAGACAGUUGUGGACCAAGCAGAAAAUGAGCCAAAUUAUGAGAAUGUUUAUGUAAAGCAUUCAUAAUAUUCCUGAAUCUUAAAGUUUAUGAUUUAA